AUGUCACAAUGUCCCUUCGGAUGGGCAAAGGAGACCCAGCAGAAAGAGAAGAAGAAGAGCAUCCAUCCAGCUGUGGCGGCCCUGCAGAUGUUCACUCUCUUCUGCUGUGGUGGGAAAGUCAAGCUGAGGAAGACUGGUCUCUCUCAGAACAGACAGAGUAGAAAGGACCAGGACAAAGACAAUGCAUCUGAUACUGGCUCGGACGUGUCUGGAGGUGAUGUUACAACCAAAAGGGUAAAGAACAAGAGUAAUGGAAAGGAAAAUCGAAGGACACCCCGGCAAGUGAAGACCCCUGUGGAGGAAAUUUACAUAAGACCUGACUCUCCGACUCUACCACGUGCCAACAGCUCCCUCUCCCAGGUAUCCCUGGCUAGGAACCUGGCCGUCCUCCCGCUGGAGUGGCAGCUACCUGGAGUCCCUCUGACCACCUCGUCUACGGCAGCUAGGACAGAGAGAAAGCCAUCCUCUACCAGCACUUCGACACAUGCGCAGAUGGAAACACAGACAACAGAAAUGAACACAGACACACAGACCACUGCAGCCUCUCAGAGCCAGAUCUCCAUGGUCUCAUCGGAGACCAUGAUAGAUGUUCACACGUCAGACUCCAUUACCAAGACCUCCACUCUUGACAUGGCACUGACCCCUGAGAGCACUAAGGACAUGAUCAUUACUGAUGAGGAUGUGAAGGAUGACUCUGCUAAAGAUUUGAUCUCCAACCUAACAGACACCUCUAUGGAGAAAUCCAUCAGUGAGACCAGCCUGAAAGACCUCAUCGCUGAGUAUGAAGAUGACAAUGAGCUGAAGGAUAUGGCUGCCUCCGCUACCACUGCUACUGAUAAUGCCAAUGAGGAUGCAAAGCUGCUGGAGCUUGCAUCUCAUUAUGACUACAUGUUGACAGUGGAGAUCGAGCUGCCUCUGGAUUUCUGAAAAGCCAAUAGGCCUAAUGAACAUUUCAAUGUAGCAAAAGCUAUACUAUGAUCAUUUAAUAAAACAUUUUUUCUGCAGCAAAUUUUCAUUACUGUUGAAAUGUGAUGCAGCAUGUUUAGAUUAGACCUAUUUGUUUGAAUUCACCAAAAAUAAUAAAUAUUACUGGCAAGGGAACAAUCAAACCACUACAGGUAGGGGAGAGUGAAUAUAUCAGCAUAGAGUUAAUUUGGACAAUAAUGAUCCAUAGGAAUAUUGCAUUCUGUAAUGUAUGAAAUAACAUUCACCCACAGCGAAUACAAAUCAGACGUGUUCAAUUUUCUCCCUCUGUCCGUCCCUCCCACAUCCUGAUGAGGUUUAGAUUGUCAUGUUGUCCAGCCCUUAAACUGUUUAGCAUUUUAAUAACACCUCGCAAACUCAGGGCCUAAUUACCUUUGUUACACAUGCAUCAAAUAGAGUCCUCCUAUCACCACAUAUCUGGGCCACCUGAAGGUGCUGUGUUACUGGUGGGUUUCCAACAGAUUACAGGGGGAUUGGUUAAAUCAGUCAACAUAAAUAAGGAUGGUGGGAACAUCCUCAUACUACAGCACAUCAUUGUCUUUGCCUAUAUUACAGGAGGGGAUAUAUUGGUGUCAUCAGAGUAAUUGAUUAGCACACAUACUGUAUGUGUCGUUUUAUCACCUUGAAUGGUGACAGAAUAGAGAACUUUGAAACUAUUGAAUUAAGUGUUAAAAUGCAGGGUGAAAAAUGCUCAGUUAGAAAAUCACUUUGAGAAUUUAGGUAUUUUAUGAAUUCUCACAGGUAAGA